ACCACAUCCCCACCCAUCACCCAUCAUCCAUAUAGAAAAAGGAUAAAACGGAUCGAGAUCCCACUGCUGAGCUAAGCAACACUGCAACGAUGGAGGAGGAGGGCCUGGUGAGCGCGGCGACGGGGGCGCUGCAGCCCGCCCUGGGAAAGCUGGCCGCUCUGCUCGGCGACGACGAGGACAAGCGCUUGCGCGGCGAGGCCGAGCUCCUCACCCGCGAGCUCGCCGCCAUGGACGCGUUCCUCCUCGCCAAGUCGUCGUCGUCGUCGUCGGAUCUCAUUCCCAGCGCGCAGGACAAGGCCUGCAUGCACGAGAUUCGGGAGCUGUCCUACGACAUCGACGACGACCUCCACGACUUCAUGGAGGCUAGCGUCUGCGACAAAUCCGCCGAGCUGGCCGGACUCUUGGACAAGAUGAAGGCCAUCCUGGGCCGGACCAAGGCUCGCCACGAGAUGAUCGCCAAGGCCGUCGAUGAUCUCAAGGAGCGAGUGGCCCAGGUCGCCGAGAGGCACAGCCACAAGAGGUCCAAGGUCGAUCGCAGGGCUCCCGCCAUCCUCGACGACGCGCCCAAGCUCGUCGGCGUUGAUGGGCCCAAGGAAGAGCUCAUCCAACUACUCUCCGGUUCUGUUGAGUCAACGCAACAGCAGCCAACCCCAAAUUUGGUGGCUAUUGUUGGGUCCGGAGGAACGGGCAAGACAACCCUUGCAAACCAAGUGUACCAAGAGCUCGAAGGCCAGCUGGAUUGCCAUGCUUUCUGUUCCGUGCGACGGAAUCCAGACAAGGCCCGGGUUUUGCGCUCCAUUUACAAUCAGCUCUAUUCUUCUUACAAUAACCUCGACCGUCUAUCUUCUCCUCGCCCUGGCGUGAGGGAUUUGCCCGGACUUAUCACCAUGAUUUCAGACUACCUCGAAAACAGAAGGUGUAUUAUUGUACUUGAUGAUAUAUGGGAUGUGGAAAUAUUGAAGGUUAUUGAGUGUGCAUUUCCCACAGCCAGUUCCGGUAGUAAAAUAAUAAUCACUACACGUAUACAUGCUGUCGCUCAAUCAUGUUGUUCAACUUUCAGCGGACAUGUAUACAAUAUAAGGCCUCUUAGUAUGGUGCAUUCGAGGCAAUUAUUCCAUACAAGAUUAUUCAACUCUGAAGAAAAAUGUCCAUCAUACCUCGAAGAAAUUUCUGGUCAGAUCUUGGAUAAAUGUGCUGGCUUACCUUUGGCAAUCACAGCUAUAUCUGGUGUGUUGGCUGAUAAGGCAAGUGAAAAGGAAAUAUGGGACCAAGUGAAGGAUUUAAUUGGUCGUGCGCUAAGAAAUUCUAGUGUCGAAGACAUGGUAAACAUAAUAUCCCUUAGUUACUUGGAUCUUCCUCCUCAUCUUAAAACAUGUCUACUAUACCUGAGUAUAUUUCCAGAAGGGCACAUUAUUGAGAAGGAGAAUUUGAUAAGGAGGUGGAUUGGCGAGGGAUUCAUUCAGAAAAAAUCUGGCUAUACAGUAUAUGAGUCAGGAGAGAUGUGUUUCAAUGACCUCAUCAACAGGAAUUUGAUCCAGCCUGCGAAGUUGGACGAGACAUUUGGUGACGAGGUGAAGAAUUGCUGUGUUCAUGACACCGUUCAUAAUUUCAUCGUAUCUAAGGCUGUUGAAGAGAACUUUGUUACUAUAGUAGGUGUACCUGGUGUUAUAAAUCCUGAUCCCAAGGCCAAGAUUCGUCGAGUGUCUCUACAGAAUGAUGGCGAGGUUCCGCCGAGUCUUGAUGUAUCUAGUGCCCGAUCACUCCAUGUGUUUGGCCGUAAUGUGAAGAUCCCAUCUUUGUCGGAGUUUCGACUCUUGCGUGUUCUGGACUUUGAGAAUUGUUCACAGUUAGAAGAUGAUCACCUUGUGGGUAUUGGAAAUUUGUUGCAGCUCAAGUACCUGAGGUUCAAACAUGCCAAAGCCGUCAUGAAGAUUCCAGAACAGGUGGCAAUGCUGCAUCAUUUGGAGAUUGACGUGAAUGGAUACGGCAAACUAAUGGAAAUCCCUAUGACCAUCCAAGAACGGUUGGCCUGUUAUGUAACUCUAUGUGUUGAUGGUUAUGAAACAGUACCGGAUGAGAUCGCGGCCAUGCAGGGAUUGCGAGUGUUGGAAGGUCUCAAUAUUUAUACUCAGUCAACGGAAUUUCUAAAGAGGCUUGGCCAACUGAAAAAACUGAGGAAGCUGGGCAUAAUAUGGAACAUGUAUGAUAUGGGUAAUUGUGAUGUUAAUUACGACAAAGAGGAGGAGGAGAUCGAGGAGGAUGAGGAGGAGUUUCUCUCUUCCAUAUGUGAGCUCGGCAAAGCAGGCCUCGAGUCUCUACACAUAUUUGUAAGGGAGGCAGCAGAUGCGUACUUCAAGCGUUCAUGGUUUCCUGAUCCACAGUGUGGCCUUCGAGAGCUUAUCAUCGUGGGGGACUUCCUCUCGGAGGUUCCGACAUGGGUGGCCUCGCUCGUCAACCUUGAGAAGCUAUGCAUCACAAUGCGAGUGAUCAAUGAGAGAGACAUGGAGAUACUGAGAGGCUUGCCCAGCUUGCGCCAUCUUCGCAUCUACGCGGAUGCGGAUGAGGAUGAUGUGUCUGAGUCACGGGCUGCUAUGGAGAAAGCAAUGGAGGAACAUCCAAACCGUCCUACCUUGGUUUGGUAUGAGGAUUAACUCUAGGGUUUUUGGCUACCUUGAGGUGUUAACAAAAGGUGAGAGGAGCAAGCAAAACUGCAGUUUGUGCUACAUCCUCCGGGUGGUACCAUUAUGUUUAAAUUUUCGUUUAUGUUUCAGAAACAUAAAUAAAGGAUCAUAUGAAUUCCAUCUUGUAUCUUGAAAUGUCGUGUCUGCUACUUGGAAUAGCAUAACAUCAUAUUUAUUUGAACCGGCUAUACUGUCAAAAUUGUUGUGAUGAGAAAAGUCAUCUGGAUAAAACUGUUGUUUGGCUACUUAUUGGCUGGCCGUGUGACUAUAAGCUGAAUGUUUGAAAUACGAAGCUUUGUUGUUUUGUUGA